UCGCCCUCACUGGUUUGCCUUGCGCUCGUUACUCGAUUGAUCUCCGCUGUGUGAUCGUGGGAAGACGUUUCACAUCCAAAUAAAAACAAAAUCUUUAGGAGACAGCACACCAUGAUGCUAGUGCGACUAUUUGUUAUUGGAAUUAUUUUUGUUACCAAUUUGGUAACGGCGUCUGUAUCAGAUAAAAUAACACUCGGUGGACUUUUUCCAGUCAGUAAUCGAGGUGAAGGCGAUAUUGAUUGUGGAAGUAUUAACAAUGUUGGCUUACAGCGACUCGAGGGAAUGUUAUUUGCUUUAGAUCUCAUCAACGCUGAUACCAAGUUGCUCCCGGGGAUUACCUUAGGUGCUAGACUGUAUGAUACGUGUAGGCGUGAAACGUAUGCCCUGGAGCAGACGAUCGAGAUGAUCAGUCAGGACCUCCAGCAAGAUUCGAGCAUGUACGUCUGCCCGAAUGGAAGUGCUGUCCGGCGAGCAGACGACCAGAGUGGUCAGUCUGUAACCGGUGUAGUAGGAGCGGCAAGUAGCUCAAUCUCACAGCCAGUUGCAAGUAUCUUGCGACUCUUUCAGAUUCCUCAGAUUAGCUAUGCGUCUACAAGCCCCGAGUUAAGCGAUAAAAUGCGGUUCGAUUACUUCUUACGAGUUGUGCCCCCGGACACAUUUCAGAGCCAGGCCAUGUUUGAUAUCAUUAAGUUCAUGGGAUGGACGUACGUCUCGACGGUGGCAGAGGCCGGCGAGUAUGGCGAGAAUGGUAUAGACGCCUUCAUCAACCUCACUCGAAACACAGGCAUUUGUAUCUCUCGUUCGGAGGUCAUCGAGCGUGGUGCUACAGAGGCCGUUUACAGUCGUAUUGUAUCGUACCUUGCUGAAGAUAAAAAAGCCCGCGUUGUAGUUAUUUUUGCCCAAGACGACCAGAUCAAGGGAUUGCUAAAAGCAAGUAAUAACCUUACGGAGAGAUUUUUGUGGGUUGCUAGUGAUGGUUGGGGGACGAAGGAGUCAAUCGUAGAAAGCGGAAUGGUGAACAGUGCCGUAGACGCCAUAACCGUGCGGCCUGAACGCUUUGAUGUUGAAGGAUUUAAUGAUUAUUUCCUGUCUCUCAAUCCACUAAACAACUCAAGAAACAAAUGGUUCAAGUCAUUCUGGGAGGAACAACAUAGCUGCUCCUUUGAUGUACCGGGUGGUAGCAACAAUGUGACGUCAUGUAAAGACGUUACCUCCAUAUUCACAAGAGAAAAUUUUGUUCAGGAAGACAAGGUUGCAUUUGUGGUCGACUCUGUGUAUGCGUUCGCAUAUGCUUUACAAAAUAUGUCCAACAAUGAGAACACGGGAACGUUAGUAGAAAACGCCCUCAACGGUGAAAUGUUGCUGAAGUACAUUAAGCAAGUUGAAUUUAUAGGGAAAGGAACGAAAACAGUUAGUUUCAACAAAGAUGGAGACAGGCUUGGGCGGUACCAUAUUUUCCAGUACCAGAAACGAGGAAGCACAUACACCUACCAUCAAAUUGGAGAGUGGAAAGACCAACAUCUGGUGCUAAAUACGAGCGAGAUGGCAUGGAACGAUGGCAGCGAACCAGUAUCAGAAUGCUCGGAGCCAUGUCGUCACGGCCAGAUAAAGAAGAUCCAAGGCGGUAGUCAGUGCUGCUGGGUCUGUACCGAAUGUACAGAGUAUGCUUAUAAAGCUAACGAACUCAGUUGCACAGAGUGUCAGCAAGGGUAUAGGCCUGAUGCUAACCGCACUGAAUGCAUACAGAUAACUGCAGAGUUUGCUACUUGGGGAAAUCCUGGUGUUUUGAUAUCCAUCAUCGUCGCUUCUGCAGGCUUAACUUUCACGGGUAUCGUGAUUGCUAUCUUUUUGCGCUUCAAUGACACCCCGAUCAUCAGGGCUUCUGGUAGAGAACUUACUUAUGUAUUACUGACGGGUAUUGCCUAUUGUUAUGCGUUGCCGUUCAUCAUCUUGGCCCCACCUACCAAUAUCAAUUGUGGUGUUUUGAGAUGCAGUCUUGGACUCAGCUCUGUAAUUUGUUAUGCAGCCAUUUUAACGAAAACAAAUCGAAUAGCUAGAAUUUUUAAUAACUGCCUUCACACCGUGAAGCGACCUAAAUUCGCUGGUCCCAGUGCUCAACUAGUAAUUUGUGGGUGUUUGGUAUCUGUCCAAGUGUUUCUGGUGACAAUUUGGCUGUUGAUCGAUCCACCAGCAGCCGUAGAGCAAUACCCAACGAGAGACAAAGUCGUUUUGCGUUGUCAAGUAACUGAUAAAAUGCUUCUUGUCUCUAAUUGCUACAGUUUUUUGCUGAUCAUAUUUUGCACUAUCUACGCAUUCAAAACACGAAAAAUUCCAGAGAAUUUUAAUGAGGCAAAAUUCAUUGCAUUCGCUAUGUAUGCUUCAUGUAUUCUUUGGAUCGCAUUCAUACCUAUCUACCUUGGAACUUCUGUUAUUGAUUAUAAGAUACAAGAUAUGAUGAUGAGUCUGGCAGUGAUGUUAAGUGCCACUUCCUUGCUGUGUUGUCUAUUCGGGCCAAAAGUAUACAUUGUACUCCUACAGCCAGAAAAGAAUACACGGACGUUGGGUCGUCCUGGCACCACCAAAGCCCGUUCGUUUUCUGCAGACGCAACAGCAUCCAUUGGACCAACGUUGAAUAAUGGCACGUCGCAGCUGUCAAUAAUCUGUGGACAAGACGCUUCACAGAUUGCAGCCAGGGCCUAACGAACCAAACCGCUGGUAUCCAUAGCAGCAAACCGUACAAACUUUCUUGAAAGUAUUACCUAUAUUUCUGAUUAAAGAUACAGUAUAUUUUUUUAGCGUUUAAUUUGUUAUGUAUUUCAAGAAUAGUCGUCAUUAUCAGAUUCCGCCAGUAAAACAGGCGUCAGAAUUUAGCUAAGCAGAGACGAAGUUGGCACUCAACUAUACGUUCUGUGACCAGAGUAUCACGCAACUGUAAGUUAAAACAGAGGUCCCCUCCUACCGACAAGUCUUGCUGGUCUCACCAAGGAGUCAAAUUAACCUGCGCCUACCACAGCUGUUGUUUGAUCACAAUAACAAUGAAUAACCUAGCCCGAUUCACUCAGUUCUGAAAAAAAUGUUGAUAUUUAAGCAGUUACCAGUUCAUUAAGAAAAAAAUAUAAUAUUUUUACAUUGAUUAUAAAUGAGGUUUGAGAAUUAUUAGUUAGUGUUCAGUAGUAGUUAGUGUUCAGUAGUAGGGAAUCCUUUUGUAGUGAGAGAGUCACAGCCUUGUGGAAACGAUGACGAACAGGUAGUGGGUUUUAUUUUUGUAACAUCAGUGGCCUUUAUAGCGAGUCAAACUUAACUAAUCAAUCAAUCAGAAGAGGUUCUGAAAUAUGCGCAUGUCCCACAAUCAAAUAAGUUAACGUACGUUUUACGCCGUGGAUUUGUGGGACCUUGCGCACUUUAGACGACUUUACCAGACAGUAGGUCCUGAAUGUUUGGGUAAGGUUGCAGGACAUCUUUAAUUGCUUUUACGUUUUGCGAUAUGAGUUUAUUUUGGGUGCAGAUCCUGUAAACUAUACUACAUUACAUUAUUGAUGUUAAUAUCACGUAUAGUUAGUAAAUAUGCUUUAAAUGAUACGAAUAUCAUAGUGAUUCUCGUAAGACGCAAGAUGAAAGGCCAUAGGCCUAUAAACUUAUAAAAAAUAUGACGUACCUAUUAUUCGUUAUCGUUUUCUUAGUUGGAAAACCUCAUUUUCUGCUACAAUCAUGUGUGUUGAAAUGGAGUUAAAAAUUUAGUGAUUAAGAUACUUGACUUGUAAUGCCCGGGUCCUGAGUUCUAUUCCUGUGUCAGCAAGACUUUUUUUACGAAUAAAAACAGUUCCACUUCCUAAACCUCAUAAUAAUAAUAACAAUAAUAAUAAUAAUAAUAAUAAUAAUAAUAAUAAUAAUAAUAAUAAUAAUAAUAAUAAAGAUUUAUAAAGCGCACAUCCGCAGAUACUCAAAGGCAGUAUGUUGAGCAUCAGCACCUUCCACCCCGGGAGAAGCCCAGGGCUCCACUACCGUGCACUGCAAAAGGAGCAACAUUGCAUCGACAGAGUAAAAUGGUAUCAUGUUUUUUUUUUUUUUUUUUUUUUUUUU